CUUCUGUCUCGCAACAGCUUUUAGUGGCCAGAAACUAACAACAAGGUGAAACUCUAGAACCCUAAACCCUUCUGUCCUCCCUUCGCCCGGUCCACCCUCUCGCGGCCGCCAGGAGAAGCCGCCGCCACAGCAGGCGACAAAGAUGGGGGGGUUCGUCAAGACCCAGAAGACCAAUGCGUACUUCAAGCGUUUCCAAGUGAAGUUCAAGAGAAGGCGUGCUGGUAAGACAGACUACAGGGCAAGGAUAAGGUUGAUUAACCAAGACAAGAACAAGUACAAUACACCCAAAUACCGAUUUAUUGUGCGAUUUACCAACAAGGACAUCAUUGCACAAAUCGUAUCUGCAAGUAUCACGGGUGAUAUUAUUCUUGCUGCUGCAUAUUCCCGUGAGCUGCCACGAUACGGUCUAGAAGUUGGUCUGACCAACUAUGCUGCAGCCUACUGCACUGGUCUUCUUUUGGCUCGUCGUGUUCUCAAGAUCCGUGAUUUGGAUCAGGAGUAUGAGGGCAAUGUUGAGGCCACUGGUGAGGACUUCUCUGUCGAGCCAGCGGAAGAGAGGAGGCCUUUCCGUGCCCUCUUAGAUGUCGGCCUUAUUAGGACUACUACUGGAAACCGUGUCUUUGGUGCCCUCAAGGGAGCUUUGGAUGGUGGUCUAGAUAUUCCUCACAGCGAUAAGAGGUUUGCUGGCUUCAAGAAGGAUGAUAAGCAGCUGGAUGCUGAUAUCCACCGCAAGUACAUCUAUGGUCUCCAUGUUGCUGAGUAUAUGAAGAAUCUGGCUGACGAGGAGCCCGAGAAGUACCAGGCUCACUUCAGCGAGUACAUCAAGAAGGGGAUUGAAGCCGAUGACAUGGAAGCUCUGUACAAGAAGGUCCAUGCGGCCAUCCGUGCUGAUCCUAGCAUGGCCAAGUCAACAAAGGCGCAACCAAAGGAGCACAAGAGGUACAACCCCAAGAAGUUGACCUAUGAGCAGAGAAAGGCCAGACUCGUGGAAAGGCUCAACGCCCUCAAUUCCUCGGGUGGUGUCGAUGAUGAUGAGGAUGACGAGUGAAGUGCUAUCCUAUUUGGCGAUCAGAACUUGCGCAAUGGCAUUUGUUGUUCCCUUUACUCCUGUAACAGGCAUUUUUUUGUUUGAGAUUAGAGCUGGAUAUAUGGGGUUCACGAUGUGCUGCCGGUUGACCUUGCUCUUUUUAUCCCUGGAUUUUGUCAGUCUUUGGGCUGAAACACAAAUUUUGGAAUCUCCUCAAUUCCCAGGGAUGAAUGGACGUGUAGCUCACAUGGGA